CUGCUCUGGGAAGACGUAAUGUUCAAAGAAAGAAGCUUUCGCUCACGCAGCAUGAAGACUACGGGGAUUGUCAUUUAUCCGCUAGGUUUGCUAGAGCUGAGUGUGUACGCUUCUUGUUUGCCUGCCACUCCCAUGUGGUAGUUAGUUGUGCGGUGAACACGGACGAGUUUGUUACCGCGUCAUUUGGACGAACUUGUACAUCAAAACCUGUGGAGAGGUUUCACCCUCAAACUAGAGAACUUUCCCGUGGGACCUAAAACAAUUUGUUUGUUUGUUUGUUGUUUGCAAAUUGGCUUUGAAUACAAGGGACCAAUGAAACAAAGUUGUUGACAUUGCUUUAAUUACAUUAAUUUCAUGUUUCCUUCCUCUUGUCAUUCCAAACUGUAUUGCUGCUUUUGAAACACGACUGUUUCCGCGGAAAUACCCAGCUCAAACCCCGAACAAUCCAAAGAGCAGGUGCAACUCCUUUAAAACUAUUUUCUUGUUGAUAACCUGUAUAAACAAUAACAUAACAUUAACACACAGAUGGUUGAUUGAUCAUUACUUCGUCUGCUUUUAAAUGCAUUUUGGGUAGUUCGAAGUGCGUGUCACCUGCUUGUUGCCCGUGGUUACAAAAAGUGAUAAGUGAACGCUUAUUUACCGCUGUCUGCAGACGAUAGCGUUCUCAGAUUGUUGAAAGUGGUUCUGGCGCCCUCCCGCGCGUGUCGCUUAUAAUCUCGUGGCCAAAAACUCGAGCUCAAUAGAAUAACACCUCGUGAACUGGAGAAAUCUUUCGUGCGACUUUAGUUAAGCGACGCGUCUCUUGAAAUACAGACGAUAUACGAAAGAAGUGCAUGACUUGAACCAAGAUUGACUGUUUAGCGGUUUCUAUAAUUUUCAAAAGCAAUGGCUCAGAUGUUUGACCAAUACUUAUUCAAGGCUGUAGACGGUUUUGAUCUGUCCCUGAAUAUCGGUGGCUCCAAUCACGACAACCACAACCCUAAUCCAACAAGCUAUAUGCCUGUAGAUCAGACUUUUCACACUCCAAGUUUUGGGGAUGAAGAGUUUGACAUUCCCCCUCUUAACUUGCCAUCUACGGAGGUCAGCCAUAAUGGAGACGUCUUUGGAUCACAGGGUUAUGACAAAAAACUUAUGUUCCAGCCUUUAUCACACCCACAACCCCAGGGACAAGGGUUGGGAAUGGACCACCCUGGUGUGAUUACUUCCAGUUCUGCUACCAGAUCCCCUUCUGUGGGAAUAAUGGACAAUGGCCAGUCACAAUAUCCAGUGGUUCAAGAAAUGUACCUUCCUCACAUGGGAGGGGGGGACGGUUCAAGAGGAGUUAUGCAGGUUCACAAUAUGCAUGUUCCGAUCCAAUCAUAUAACAGUCAUCAUGGCUAUGGCAACCCACAAUUACAUCAGUCACAAUUACAGAGUAUGCCUCCACCGCAACUGCCCCCUAGUGGCCAACAUCAGUACCAACAGACUAUAAGCGGUCACAUGAGAACUCUCAACCAAUCACAGCUGUCCUCUCAACUAGGCAUGCAUAUGUCCAUGACCCAUCCGGGAGCUCAAGCACCAGGGUCUGUGGGAGGAUCACCAAGGUCAAACCAAACUUCACCUGGUCAUGAAACAAGUGAAGACAGUGACGACAGUAAUGCUCUUGCUCAGUUGAUGGUUGGUGUUAAGCGACCUUCACCAGAGCCAGUGGAACCAACUACAACACAUACCCCUAACAACAAAUCCAACAAGAAACCUAAAGUGCAGAAGAAAAAGAAAAGGGAUCCCAAUGAGCCACAAAAGCCAGUGUCAGCAUACGCUCUUUUCUUUCGAGACACUCAAGCAGCGAUCAAGGGUCAGAAUCCAAGUGCGAGUUUUGGUGAAGUUUCCAAAAUCGUAGCUUCCAUGUGGGAUGGACUGGAUGCGGAACAUAAAAGUAUGUACAAGAAAAAGACUGAAGCAGCAAAGAAAGAAUACUUGAAAGCAUUAGCUGCAUAUCGUGCAAGUCUUGUCUCUAAGGCUGCUAAUGAUCAGUCUGAUAACCUGGGAGGAAAUUCAGUAACUUCAACAACGAUGAUGUCUUCGACUGCUUUGUCCAACUCAUCAUCAAAUCAACAGUCAUUAUCAAACUUGCAAAAGAAAUCACCACUGUUGACAUCUCUUAUAGAAGGUUCAUCAGUCUCUGUGGCCAUGACUCAACCACAACCACCAGUUCUUUCCAGCCAAGUAUGGACAAUGGCCCAUCCUAUGAAUGGUACUAGAGGAAUGCACCAACAACCAAUGCAUCUUGUGCAAGUUUCUCAUGGUACACCAGCUAUGCUACACCAACAGAUGGGAGGUCCUGUGCAACAGAUGCUACCAAUGGGUAACCGAUCAGCAAUGUCUCAGAUGCCACCUCCAUCACAACCCGUCAGUUCAGCACCAUCGUCAUACUCCCAAAAUGUUUCAACAGUACUUAUGCCAAACAAUCAUGGAAUGACAAUGUCACAAAACAUAUUACAUGGACAACAGCAACUGCAAAACAACUGUACAAAUCCAACAGUUAACAACCAAGAUUGGGAAAAAGAAUAUUGUGGUAAUGACUAUGUUGUUUCCAACUGCAGGUACAUAUGGUUUUGGCAUUUUAAAUUAUUUUUUUAUUCUAAUUUUGGAGUUGACCUCCAACUCAUGCAAAAAAACUGCUAUAUAGCCAACAUUCUUGUUCAACAUGAGAUAGUUAAAAACUAAAUUUAUCAAGCAGGAAUUUCUAUUAAAUGUUGUUGUUGACAAUAUAUCUUCACCUAAAACAAUAUGACUGUAUUAAAAGUAUUAGCACCUUAUUUAUCAUCUCUAAUUAUUAGGACUUUUUUUGAUCCAAACAAAUAUUUAUUUAGUUUGAUCUGUUUAACUUGGCAAAAGUUCAGCAAAAUUUGAUAACUUCACC